AUGAAUAAAAAUUUAUAUGUUAUAUUAUUUAAAAAUAAAUUAUUAAGAGAAAAGAUACUUGGUGAUAUUAGAUGGAUACAUAAGACUAUAGAGGGUAAACAGUUUAGUUGGAGUUGGUCCGAGUUGUUGGAUCGACCGUACGUUCUCGCACAAUUCUACGAUACACUCGUGGACAAUCGAUUCAUUGCCGACUAUUUCCAAAGGGUAGGAGGAGGAAAUCCACCACUGACAGAUAUCCGUGCGUUGGUUCUUGAGCUGAUCCGUCACAAUCGAUUCGAACAGAUCAAGUUUAUCUAUCAACUUGACAACUGGCACACCGAUAUGACAACCAGGUCCGCUGUGACAGCAGUGUCCGUGAAGAACUACAUCGUUGGAAUGCGACUGCAAUGCGCGAAAUACGGACACCUCGAGAUACUCGAUUACUUUUACAGUGGAGUGUUCCCGCAACCAAAGACCGCCACUGAAGAUCUCUCGGUUUUCAACAUAGCUAUCAACAAACGGCAUUUCGACAUUGUCAAAUAUAUGGCUCGCCGGCUCUAUCCUUCGGAGCUUUCGGUUGCACUCGACAAUCUUAUCUACUUUGUCAAGGAUCUAGAGUUGCUGAAAUCGGUAGUGGAGAUAUGUUUCGAUACCCACAAAGAUUUCAAAUUAACAAUCGAUAGAUUUUUCAGUGCAAUCAAAGCAAAUUCACUGGAGAUUGUUCAGUAUCUCUAUGAGAAGAUCAACAGUACUGGAGGAGAUGGUAAUGCAUUCAAAAUCAAUGGAAUUACCGAUUAUCUAUUUGCAGAGUCAAAACGAAUCGAAAUAUUGAAAUGGUUGGAUGCUACCAUUCCUGAGGUUUUGGUGACCUAUUAUUGUAAUACUCUGCUUGCAGAUGCAUUCCGAAAAGAUGAAUUGGAGCCAAUACAAUAUUUAUAUCACAGAAAGUCGAUAUCUGAUGAUAAAUUGGCUUUGCCACGAUCAAAAUCAAUCAUAAAAUGGUUACAUUUCAAUACAAACUAUCAAUUUACAAAAAAAGUUAUGGAUUUAAGCGCUCAAUUGGGAAAACUAAAGACCGUCCAAUUCCUACAUCAACAUAGAAGUGAAGGUUGUACUACUGAUGCCAUCGAUUCAGCCUCGCUACUGGGUUAUCUUGAUAUCAUUAUAUACCUUCAUGAGAAUCGCACCGAAGGAUGUAGUUCAAAAGCAAUGUUUAAUGCCGCUUGUCAUGGCAGACUGGGAAUUGUUAGGUGGUUACAUGAGAAUGUCCGGACGACAGAAUUCGAUCAACAAGCCAUGGAUGUUGCUGCCAGAACCGGACAUUUGAACGUGGUCCAAUUUCUCCAUGAAAACAGAACCGAAGGAUGCUCUCCGAAAACUUUUAACGAUACAGAUUAUUUGCCUGUUUUGAAAUUCCUUUAUCUCAAUAGAACGGAAGGUCGUGGGCUGUAUCCAUUCAAAUUCAUCGACACUGCACUCCGCCAGAACGACAUGGAAACAGCUCAAUGGGUAUUUGAAAACCUACAAGACAGGAGUAUCCCAUAUCCAGAAUCUAAUUUCAACGAACACAUUAAAAGAAAGAAAUCGGAACCAAUACAGUUCCUAUUGCACAACUUCCCGGAAUGCCAAUCAUACACGCUCACUCAAAACGAUUUCUUUUUCCUAGUGUCUAACGGUCUGUUGGAUAUAUUCAAAAUGGUUCAAGGAGAUCGACCUCUAGCUUUCAAUGUGGGAGAAAUAGAUACCGCGGCUCUCUAUGUGUAUUUGACUGAGAGUUGCUUGAUUGGUCAUUCACUUCAAGCGUUUGCAAUUGCAGCAUCCAAUGGUCAUUUGGAAAUUCUUAAAUACAUGGUAGAUCGCGCUACCAAGUCGGCGCAGCCAGUGGUGUUGACCGUUGCCAUGCUGGAUGCAGCCAUUACCAACAAACAGAUCGAAACAGCCAAUAUCACUCAAUCUUUAUCAAUUAGUAAUACAAUAUUAAAGUUACAAGAAAUUGUUGAAAAUUAUCAAAUAAAAAAAGAUCAGGAAUAUAUUCAGUUUAUUCAAUUUGCUGAAAAAAAAGGUGAAUUUCCGAGUCAGGUACAUUAUAAUUUUUUUGGCAAUGAUUUGAAAACAGAGGAGCGAAGACAUGGCGCAAUUCCAGACUCCAACAUGUUUGUUACAAACUUUGUAUUGUAUACACUAUUGGAGAGUGAGAGAUAUGGUGGCAUAAAAAUAUCAGAGAAUGUAGUUGCCAAUGCUAUCAGUGCAAUACUAUCUUUCAAGGAUGGCAAUUUCCCCGAGGAUACUCCUGUCUUUACUUUCUGGCCACAGACCUACAAUAGUACUUUCGAUGUCUACUCUCAGAAUCCAACCAAUCUAGAUGAUCUGAUGAACCAUUUCGGUGGAUUUCAAAGGGUUGUCGAUUAUUUCGCAAAGAUCUUCAACGAUCCAGAGAUUAUUGCAGAUAUGAGUGGUCUCGCUCAAAUGGUCGAUGGAUACAAGCAAGUAUUUCAUAUCCCAUCGGAUGCCGACGACUCUGGUUGCAAUCUUGCUUUGGGUAACUUGUUAUACCAACUCUCUGACAAAUAUCCUAGCGAGUGGUCAACAUGGAAUCAAAAGAAUGUAAAUAUUUCCGCACUCUUUGAUGUUUAUCUAAAGUAUGCAUAUCGACCAUUCUCAAAUUCCGUUGACCAAAAUACCAUUGACCAACGUACCUACUAUGCUAUUCAUGGUUUCCUCGAGCAGUGGAACAACACCGAUGGAGAGUGCAUUCUUCCAGGUACAUGGUUCAACUCUGUCACGCAACAGAUUGAAACCUAUCCAAUCCUUCAGAUGCCAUUCAAUGUCAAUAACGUUGACUUAAGUGUUGCCACCAAUUCACUUUACGGUAUCAUUUCAGGAAUUCAAACACAACCAGAGGCAAAACAAUAUCUUGCUCAAAGCAAAGAUCUCCAAAACCUCUGCAUUUCCGUCACCAAGCUAAUCGUUUAUGGCAUUGAAAGUGGAUUGGUUUAUGAUAGACCAGAUCUGGCUCUACUCUACUAUCCAAGCAUCUAUGAUUUCUCAUGGUUCGUUUCAAGAUUGAUGUACAAUCUCGAGGAGUUGCAAACACAGUCACCACUCCCCUACCCAUUGCCCUAUAUUCUAAACACACUCACCACACUCAUGCAGGGAACAGGAACAUCGAGACUUCUUUCAAAGAUGAUCAACCAACAGUAUUGGGAUGACUUUUUAGGUGAAAACUCUACCAAUAUUUUUGGAAAACCAGAAAGUCUUGGUGAAGACCGAUUCUUUUCGACUGCACUCGCGGUCAAUGCUCUUAUCGAUACUUGGACCGUUCCAAACUCGAAUCCAACCUCCAUUAGAGUGUGGCGUUCCAACACACCAAGUCAAGUGAAAUCAGCAGUCAACGCAGCAGUCCAAUUUAUCAAUGAUAAUAUCCUCGAGAACCCAGACCAAACAUAUAAUGCAUUCUUUUCUGGUUCAGUAAAAUCGAAUGAAACUCUAGCAUUUUUCUAUCCAACCAACUAUUGUGUCUUUUUCAACGGUACAAAUUGUGAUCCACAUUUCCUCUACCCAGCAUCUAUCGAAAAUAUUGUAUCUGGAAUGUCAGGUGUGGUCAGUUCCGAAGAAUACGCUCAACUUAUUCCAGAGAUUUGGGCAGGAGCUCCAACACCAACUGAAUUCCAUGGUUUCAACUUCCAGCCAUUCCCAUACUGGUCUUCCAACUCUCUAAGUUAUUCAAUCUCAUUAUUAUCUUUGGUAAAAUAUCAAGAUUUAAAUAAUUAA